UAUGCUAAAGUUAAUGCAAUACGUGACGCGAAAGUCGUGCGAGACCGUCGCACGUCCGGCGUGCAGCUGGGGCAACUUAUUGAUUUCACCAAGCAGUGCGGAAAAAUGUAUAACGCAACGUCGCCAUUUUCUUUUUUCCUCGACCAACAGAACGACCAGCAGCAGUUUCGCUUUGCUCUGCACAGAACACCCACAACAGUUCCACGGGAGUCCGAGUAGCCCCAGUCGCCAGGAGUCGAGUGUAUCCAGUAUACCCAGAGUAUUAUUACCCAGUAUAUACCAGGCACAGCGUGCGUUUCGUUUGUCACCCAGACUACUAGAAACGUCAAGAACAUCCACAUACUCUCUCCCAGAAGCAGACGAGCAAGACACUGUGUCCAAACGUGCGAGGAAAUCGCCUUUUACUGAUCCACACGUGAAUACAGAGGAAAUCAAAAUUGAAGGAGUAAUGGCACCACACGAUCGUGAUUUCGGUCAAAAUUCCCGUGGCGGUCGCGAUGGCCGCGGUGGCGGUGAAGACCGUCGCGGCGGAGGUGGCGGCGGCGGCGGAGGAGGAGGAUCCCGCUUUGGCGCUGGUGGCGGCGGAGGCGAUUACCAUGGCGUCCGCAAUGGACGGAUUGAGAAGCGUCGCGAUGAUCGCGGCGGCGGCGGUGGAGGCGGCGGAAACCGCUUUGGCGGCGGUGGCGGUGGAUUCGGUGGCGAUCGUCGCGGAGGCGGCGGUAGCCAGGAUCUGCCAAUGCGUCCAGUUGACUUCUCCAAUCUGACGCCGUUCAAGAAGAACUUCUAUCAGGAGCACGCCACCGUGGCGGCCCGUUCCCCGUACGAGGUGCAGCGGUAUCGCGACGAGCACGAGAUCACUGUGCGCGGCCAGGCCCAGAAUCCCAUUCAGGACUUCGGUGAGGUAUACUUGCCCGAAUACGUGACGAAGGAGAUCCGCCGCCAGGGCUACAAGGAGCCGACACCCAUUCAGGCGCAGGGCUGGCCCAUCGCGAUGAGCGGUGCGAACUUUGUGGGCAUUGCCAAGACCGGCUCGGGCAAGACCCUGGGCUACAUUCUGCCCGCCAUCGUGCACAUCAACAACCAGCAGCCGCUGCAGCGCGGCGACGGACCCAUUGCCCUGGUGCUGGCGCCAACGCGUGAGCUGGCCCAGCAGAUCCAGCAGGUGGCCACCGAGUUCGGUUCGUCCUCGUAUGUGCGCAACACCUGCGUUUUCGGAGGCGCCCCUAAGGGCGGCCAGAUGCGCGAUCUGCAGCGCGGAUGCGAGAUUGUUAUCGCCACGCCCGGUCGCCUCAUUGAUUUCCUCUCGUCGGGCGGCACGAAUCUGAAACGAUGCACCUACCUGGUGCUGGACGAGGCCGAUCGUAUGCUGGACAUGGGCUUCGAACCCCAGAUCCGCAAGAUUGUCUCACAGAUCCGUCCCGACCGUCAGACGCUCAUGUGGAGCGCCACCUGGCCCAAGGAGGUCAAGCAGCUGGCCGAGGAUUUCCUCGGCAACUACAUCCAGAUCAACAUCGGUUCCCUCGAAUUGUCAGCCAAUCACAACAUCCGCCAGGUGGUGGAAGUGUGCGAUGAGUUUAGCAAGGAAGAGAAGCUUAAGAGUCUCCUGUCGGACAUUUAUGACACCAGCGAGAAUCCCGGCAAGAUCAUCAUCUUUGUGGAGACGAAGCGACGCGUGGACAAUCUGGUGCGAUUCAUACGCAGCUUCGGCGUGCGUUGCGGCGCCAUUCACGGCGACAAGUCACAGUCGGAGCGUGAUUUUGUCCUGCGCGAAUUCCGUUCGGGCAAAUCGAACAUUCUUGUAGCCACCGAUGUGGCGGCCCGUGGUUUGGAGGCCGAUUGUUGUAGUAUGAUGGGGAGGAUAAAUGAGAUAAAUGAGCGACCCGUGCGACCCUUGCGAGUACUCGUAACUUGAGCGACUUUUGCCAAUCUCCAAUGAGAAUUUUAAUUUGGGCAAAAGGAUCUAUGAAAGUUUCUGACGAUCGAGAUUCGUUUCGGCUUGGAUACGCGCAUGAGAGACACGACAUAUCCCCAACAUCAUGCAUCAUAUGUGGCCUCUGCAGUCUGUAUUGAGAAAGAGUUUAAUUGCGACCAACAAUCAAUCAAUCAACAACAACGCAGCCAGCCUCAGGCAACCAUCACAACACAACCCAACCCUGGCCAACACUUGCCAGCAGCCGCCCCAGCAGUUAGCAGUUAGAAGGCGGCGCUACAAAGCAGGCAAAAAACAAAUAAAAAGACAUCCCCAGAAGGCCAGACAGAGGCUGCCAAAACAUCGGCGGCGCCCAGACAGCAUCAGCAACAGAGACCACCACCAAGGUGUGACCCUUGCCCUGCCUGCCAUUCCUGCCCUGACCUGCCAGCGGAUGCACCACCAAAAAGCAAGCAGCCAAGCAAAAGACAAACCCACCCACCCACACGCACCUGAACAGCACACCAGCCACAAAAGUCACACAAAAAUCAGAUCAGAUCAGAUCCUCACCCCACACACACACACACACACCAAACAACCAAACAACCAACCAAACAACCAACCAACCAACCGACACCUGCCGAGCACGCCCACAGUCUACUCGUAGUUGCUUGUGGAGAGAGAACGAACAGAACUGAACCGAACGAUGAGGAGAGCGUUGUGUGCGGGAUUGAGUGAGGGAGCGGAUCGGAUCGGAGCGAUAUGUGGGCUGUGGGUUGAAGAUGAUGCGGAAUUUCUGCUGACGGUUCUGCUGUCUCCUGUUCUCGUCGUCACUGCUGCUGCUGCUGAGUGCGCCUAGCUACCACGCCCACUGCCUGACUGCCUGUGCCUGUGCCUGCGCCUGCGCCGCCGCCAUCGACAAUGGCCCGUCAUAAUGUGUGGUGGCGACUGCUACUGGACAGGCCGUUUGUUGUUGUGUUACCGUUACCCCUCCUGGCCAACGCAUCUAGCGGCGCGCCUCCGUCCUGUCCUCCUGUCUAUGCGGAGGAUGCGGUUGACGUUGCCGGUGCCAAUGCUGCGGUUUGCCUGCCGGUGCCGUGGCCAUACUACCGUUGACCAUGGCCAUGACAGUUGCCGUUGGCGUUGGCCGCCUCCACAAACACACCUACACACGCGAGAGUACUACCACUACUCGCGUAUAUAGAGAGAGGCGCACGCGGCUCAAU